AUGGGCCUACCGUACGCUUUCGAGACUUCAAUUGGCACUUCACCUUAUAGAUUGGUUUUUAGAAAGGCUUGUCACUUAUUGGUGGAGCUAGAGAGCAAAGCUUAUUGGGCUAUCAAGAAGUUAAACUUUAAACCACAAAAGGUGGGAGAGAAGAGAUUGUUGGAACUCGCUGAGUUGGAAGAGUUCCAUGAUCAAGCUUAUGAGAAUGCCAAGUUGUACAAAGAAAGAAUUGCUAGAUGGCAUGACAAGAAGAUCAUUCACCAUACAUUUGAUCUUGGACAAAGUGUUUUGCUUUUUAAUUCACGUUUACGCUUGUUUCCAAGUAAACUCAGGACUAGAUGGUUAGGGCCAUUUGUGGUCGUAAAAGAUUCUCCUCAUGGAGCUGUGGAAGUGCAAGGAGAAGAUGGAUUGAGAUUCAAAGUCAAUGGUCAAAGACUUGAGCAUUAUUGUGGUGAUGAAGAGAGAAAGUUAGAGAACCUGGUUUUCAAAGAAUGA